AUGGAUGACCAAGCUUGUCCCCGCUGUAAAACCACAAAAUACAGAAAUCCAUCUUUAAAAUUGAUGGUAAACGUAUGUGGCCAUGCUUUAUGCGAAAGUUGUGUCGAUUUAUUGUUUUUAAAAGGAUCCGGUUCCUGUCCAGAUUGUAAUGUACCAUUGCGAAGAAGUAAUUUUCGUGUUCAACUUUUUGAGGAUUCUAUGGUUGAAAAAGAAAUGGAUAUAAGAAAAAGGGUUUUAAAAGAUUUCAACAAGAAAGAGGAAGACUUUGCAACGUUAAGAGAGUAUAAUGAUUAUUUGGAGGAAAUUGAAACUAUUAUAUUUAAUUUAGUAAAUAAUAUAGAUGUUGUAGGCACCAACAAAAGAAUAGAACAAUAUAAAAAGGAUAAUAAAGAAAUAAUAAUGAAAAAUAAAGCAAAAAUAGGCCGGGAAGAAUUAGAGCUUGAGGAAAUAUUAGAGAUAGAGAAACAAAUGGAAGAGUUACGUAGAGCUGAAAUUGUGAAAAUGGAAGAAGAGGCAAAGAAACAAAAGAUAAGGGAAAAAGAAGCUUUAAUAGAUGAGCUGAUGUUUGCCGAAGGGGAUGCUAAAGAUAUUUUAAACACAUUUGCUCAAACAGUUGCUAGUAACAAACAGGAAGAAAUUGUACCAGUUUUACCUAAAGUAACUCAAUUCUCAAGUGGAGUGAAAUUCACGAGAGGCUCAGGUCAGCAACCGCUUCCCUUGAUAGAAGAAGGGCCUCUGUACAAAUAUGAGGCGCCCAUCAUACCAGACAGAAUUGGUCCCGACCCACCUUCUCUUGAGGAUAUCAUGAAUAACGGGUAUUUGCAUCACGUUAGGGCAGAAACAGAAACAGAGAAGGCCGGUGGGUAUACAUCAACUCUGCCAUGUCUCAGAGCUCUGCAAGACGCUUUAGCUGGCCUCUACCACGCCAGC